AUGCAACAUCAUUAUCACUGGAGUAUGGUUGAACCUAGCAUCGGUCACGGUUCUGAUCCCUAUUACCAUCCUGGAUAUCCAUUAGAGGACCACCGUGUAUUCGAGUCUGGGCAUUGGCGAAGCCCUGUCGAAACUGGUAAACACCACUGGACAGAAUUACCCCAACCAGUACACGCUGGACCUGCAUACCCGGAAUUUCCUAGUCCAUUGGCUUCUAGUUCUGGGUUGCACAGCUUUGGUCCGCCGAUCUUGAAGCAAGAGCAAGACACAACAUCAGACUGCAAAUGGUCACCUACCCUAACGAACUCGAGCCUGAUAUCAAACACCUCAUCACUCCCGAUAUUACCCUCAAUGCCAUUGGCGGAUUGCACUGCACAUGUGACUGGAGUCGAGAGUCCUGUGUUCUGGCCAGCAUGCAACCAGUUUUACCACGUGCCUGAUCACGCCAGCAAUCAACUGUCACCCUUCUGGCACGACACCCGGGUAAAGACCGAUGAGAGCAUGUCCAUGUCAUGCUCUAACAGUAGGCCAGCGUCUUCCGAAGAGCACCGCAGGCGGCCCCAGCAUCCAGAGGCCGAAGUGCAGGCAUUGCUAGACAGACCUAAAAGAGUGAAGACAACAGCAGAGAAUGCAAGAUUUUACUGCAAUGAAUGCGACAAGGGAUUCCAGCGUGUCUAUAACCUGCGUAGCCACAUGCUCAAGCAUGAAGCUUCUCGGGAGAAGAUUCAAUGCAGCCAGGCUGGUUGCAACAAGAGUUUCGACAGGAAAACCGAUCUUGGUCGCCACAACCGCAGCGUACAUUUGCAUCAACGAGAUCACAAAUGUGUUCUUUGUGGCAACUUGUUUGCACGCAAAGACACACUGGUCAGACACAUCGAGGGCAGCUGCUCGAAACGAACAGGAGUGGACCGCAAGCGACCCAAGGAUUCGUCGACACCAACAAUGGUCGACGUGAACGCCGACGAGUGCUGAUACCAAUGACUCGCGCGGUUGAGUCUUGAGCAGAGCAUUCUUUCUGG